AUUUUAAGCUUUGUUCGUUUGCUCGAAGCACUUCCGUCGCUCGUUUUCACAGUGUCCUCUGUCUUUACACGUUACUUCCACACAACAAAAAAACUCAACCAUGUUCCGCCGUCUUGCCCUCGCUUUCGCCGCUCUGCUCAGCGUUGUGUCUGCUCAGUUGACCAUCACGUCUCCUGGUCCCAAUGACUGGUGGGUCGCGUCGUCGCUGAACACAAUCUCGUGGACAUGUUCGACUUCUCCAUACCAGAACUUCACUAUUCUUCUCGCCAACUCAAACACUGCGGUUCUCCCUGCGCCCCUUGCUAUCAUCGCCGUUCAAUAUAACUAUGACUGUUCCAAAACCAUCACCCAGCAGCAAUCUGCGCAACCCGCUGGCACCGGCUACACUGUUCAGUUUGCUAGCACUCUGAACUCCACUGACAUCUACGCCCAGAGCGAGCCGUUCGAGAUCAAAGCUCUUGGUUCGUCUUAUCCCACCACCACCAGCACCGCUGGCAGUACUGCUACCGGGACUGCUUCCGGCAGUGCUGGGGCCGCACAAGCCACCACAACUGGUGGUACCCUUGCCCAAUAUGUCCCUGUUGGCAUGAGCAUGGUCGCCGCUCUUGCUCUUGGCUUGGUCGUUGCCUAGUUUCAUUUCCAGGACUUGGACUCCCAUACAGAUAUCCCUUUGUUUAUUAUCAUUUCUUCUUCAGGACCUUCUACUUCGUGGACAAGACGACUACCUUUCGUCCGUGUGUUGAAUGUCAGUUCUUAACGCUUUAUGGCUUAAUGUGCAGUGUGACGAUUUUGGACGGUUGUGAUUUAAAGCACUGUUGUUUUGCUACUACUUGGAUGGCGUUAUGAACUUGAUUCAGGUUAUGUGGUCUGAUCGCUGGAUUGUUGAGUCUCGUAUUCAUUGCAUCUACCUCUCUUGACGUGAAUCAAAUUCAUCGUGACGUGUUAUGGACCGUGUUA